CACAGGCAGUUGACUGGUGUCCUCAUCCUGCUCUGAUCCACGACCACUGCCGAAGUCUGGCAGUCGCAGCAUCCCGCAGGAGAAGGGAAGGCGGACGCGUCCACGCGCUGUCCUCCGUGCUCGCACCCGUGGAACGUGUCUCUCGUUCGUGGACCAAUUUGGAAGUUUCAAGCCAGUGCGCGAACUUCUUCCUCGUCACGUGGCUCUCACAAGGGGGUGAAUGGACCUCCACCGCCCCUUCAAGAUGGACAGCCCCUCCUACCUGCCUGCUCCCCUCGCUUCCCCCGCCCUCAUGGUCCUCGCCUCCACCGCAGAGGCCGGCCGAGACGCCUCUGUCCCCUGCCAGGCGCCCAGACCCUUCGGGGUCCCUGCCUCGGUGGAGAAAGACCUCCACCUCCCCUUCCCCUCGGCCUCCUACACCUUCGCCUCCAUGUAUCAGCGCCAGGGCCCCAUGUCCGGGGCCUUUCCCGGCCGAGACUUCCCGGCCUCCCUGCUCCACCUGCACCCCCAGUUCACCCCGCCCAACCUGGACUGCUCCACCUUGGGCGUUCUCAACCACAGCGGGGUGGCCGGCGCCUUUCGGCCCUUCUCGUCCACCCAUGACGAGAGAGAGUCCAUGGGCUACCACUCGGCCUUCACGCCCGCCAAGAGGCUGAAAGGUUGCUUCUCGGAGGGGGAGGGAAAGGAGUUUGACUUUGGCUCCCCCGGAGGCUCACUGAAAGCCGGAGAAGACUCGGGGAGGAAGUUGUUCUCCAUGUCCGGCCUGUUGUCUGAUAGCGAGGCCUCGUCCAGCCCGGAGGAGCGUAAGGAACACAGCAAGGUGAAGGUUCUGUACGAUGCUGGGGCUCCAGUUUGUCCAGUGUGUCAGAGCGUUCUGCGACCGGGAGAGCUGCAAGACCACAUGGAGCAGGAGUUGACCAAGCUCAGCCAUCUUCAAAUCAGUGUCACCCCCGUGCAGCACGACCACGUCAUGAGGACGCCAAAGGCUCUUUCGUUCUCGCUGCACAUCAAGCGGGAAGGAGGUUCCCCGAGCUCACCCACCCGACCAGCUGACGACACCCACUCUGACCGUUAUCAGACGUUUCUCCGCGUGCGGGCCAACAGACACACAAGACUAAACGUCGACGACCUCUGCUGGUGCAGGUGCUACGUCAAAUCUGCCCCAUUACGCCCCCACAGCGCAGGAGCCCAUCUAGACUGCACACAAGCCGUCAGGAUCAGCAAACUGAAGAGGAGGAAACCGGACGACGCUCAGGAGCUCCCUGCAGACACCACACCAUCGGAGGAGGAGUGGAACGAGAGGAGGAAGAUACAGAUGAUGUCGCUAGUCGGAGGGUUCAAAGGGGCCAUGUUGGUGAGCAGCACGUCGAAAGAAGGGCGGGACAGCGACGCCGACCUGGACGUGGACGGAGACGACACCUUAGAGUACGGCCGAGCCCAAUACACGGAGACAGAUGUGAUCAUGUGCUCUGGCGAAAACAUCAAGGAGAUGAAAGCCAACAGCGGCAUGAUGCCAGACUCUGGAGUCCACAGAGAAAUGUCCCAAUGGUGCAAUGAGGAGAGUCCUUCCACCAGCAGUGCCGACAAAGUGGAUGUUCUCCCAAGAACCUGCAGAAACACUGACACAGACGUGCUCUCAGAAGACUCCACGCUGACGUCCCUGGAUGCUCUUAAAGCUCGGAUACGGGAUUUAGAGAAACAGUUGUGUAAAGGAGACAGAUUUAAAUGCCUCAUCUGCAUGUGUUGCAUGUGUUCCCCCCCCCAGGACACGUACACUACCCCGCUGACCUCCAUCCAAUGCUGGCACGUCCAUUGCGAGGAGUGUUGGCUCCGAACGCUGGUAGGCUUCGUGUUCUGCAAAUGUGUCUUGAACAAAACAAAGAUGACUGAUUGGAGCGCGUGUGUAGGGAGCGAAGAAGCUGUGCCCCCAAUGCAACACUAUCACCUCUCCUGGGGACCUGAGGAGGGUCUACCUGUGACGCCAGGACCACCAUGAGGGCUGGACUUGUGAGCAGCUGGCCUGACUCCCACCCUCGUUCUCACCUUGGACCUACUUUUUAGUCAGUGCAGCCUCCUUCAGUGACUUUUAACCAUUUCCUGCAACCUGAUUGGUGGAGCAAGCAAACAAUGGGACGAUAUUUAUCAAUUUUAUAACCCUUCUUGUGUGUUUUAUGAGGAAAAGAAGCAUAUGUAUAUAGUUUUUUUGUGUUGGGUGUUUGUAUAUUGACUGUACAGUUUGUCUCUCACACUAACCUCUUCUGCUCUUCAUCCGUGUUACCAAAAUAAAACAUGUGGGCUCCCCCCCCCAAAAAAAAGGAGGCUUGGGGUUGUAGUGUUGUUAUUGUCGGAGAUGCGUCGACUUUUCAAGAAGUGGGUCGCUGCGGGAUUAGCCGGAUGGAGCCCAAGCACGGCUCAACCGGAGCUAAAUCCUGGUAUUCUCGGCUUUUACUUUGAAAGACCGCACAGUGGUCAUGUGACCUGCCCCGCACAGGUGUGAAUGGGCGGGAUGUAACAAACGAGCCAGCAAGCAGCCGUGUGAUUGGUCCACGCAGGCUGAGGGGAGACGGCGG